GUCUGCAGAGCGGUCGAUUGGUCUCAGGUCUUCGGCGAGGCGGCGAUUGACAGAACUCCAUCAACUUCAUUAGUAAAGAUGUCUAAGCAACAACCAGCUCAGUUUAUAAAUCCAGAAACUCCUGGAUAUGUUGGAUUUGCAAACCUUCCCAAUCAAGUUCACCGAAAGUCAGUGAAAAAAGGUUUUGAAUUCACACUGAUGGUGGUUGGUGAAUCGGGGCUCGGAAAAUCGACGCUCAUCAACAGCCUGUUCCUGACCGACCUCUACCCAGAAAGAGUUAUCCCUGGAGCAGCAGAGAAAAUUGAAAGAACUGUCCAGAUUGAGGCUUCCACUGUUGAGAUUGAAGAGCGCGGGGUGAAGCUGCGUCUGACUGUGGUGGACACCCCGGGCUACGGGGACGCCAUCAACUGCAGGGACUGCUUUAAAACCAUCAUCUGCUACAUCGACGAGCAAUUCGAGCGGUACCUGCACGACGAGAGCGGCCUCAACAGGCGGCACAUCGUGGACAACAGGGUGCACUGCUGCUUCUACUUCAUCUCCCCCUUCGGGCACGGACUGAAGCCAUUGGAUGUCGCGUUCAUGAAGGCGAUCCACAACAAGGUGAAUAUUGUACCUGUCAUCGCGAAAGCCGACACGCUCACCCUGAAGGAGAGGGAGCGCCUGAAGAAAAGGAUUCUGGAUGAAAUUGAGGAACACAGCAUCAAAAUCUAUCACUUACCCGAUGCAGAGUCCGACGAAGAUGAGGACUUUAAAGAGCAGACGAGGCUUCUCAAGGCCAGCAUCCCUUUCUCUGUGGUUGGAUCCAAUCAGCUGAUUGAAGCCAAAGGCAAGAAGGUCAGAGGCCGCCUCUACCCCUGGGGCGUCGUGGAGGUGGAGAACCCGGAGCACAACGACUUCCUGAAGCUGAGGACGAUGCUCAUCACCCACAUGCAGGAUCUCCAGGAGGUGACCCAGGACCUGCACUACGAGAACUUCCGGUCCGAGAGGCUCAAGAGAGGCGGCAGGAAAGUGGAAAGUGAAGACAUGAAUAAAGACCAGAUACUGCUGGAGAAGGAAGCUGAGCUCCGCCGCAUGCAGGAGAUGAUUGCACGGAUGCAGGCGCAGAUGCAGCUGCAGCUGCAGGGUGGCGACGGUGACGGCGGGGUCCAUGGGCACCACGUGUGAGGAAACACUUUGCAAGAUAACUAUUCCGAUGAGUAACACAGCUGCGUGUUUUCAAGACUGUUGGGGGGGUGCCUGUCUACAUUUCACAGUACCUGUGCCUAAGAAUUUAAUUUUUCUUAGAACUUUCAAUGUGUUAUUUUGUAUGAAGUACCUUAACAUUUGCAUUUCAUUGUUCUGUUGUACUUUAUAUUUUGUGAAGUGAACUGUCCAUUUUCCUUAUUCUUCCACUUUAAGUAACCACUAACGCUAGAACUGAUUCCCAGGGACCAGUCAGCACGCAUAGUUAAUAGUGGAGUUCCGUUUGACUGGCCUAACCGACUAAUCGAGAUUUACUUCUAGAACGUUCAGAUUUCCGAGAACGUUCCUGUGCAGUAGAGACAUGAAGACAGAAGGAUGAGCUGCCCGGGUACCAGGCCGUCUCUCCCCAAGCCAUGGCACCUGCUCCCCUGCCUUGCUUUUCGUUUGACCACAACAUCCAAAACCAGUUUUGCUGCUAUAACUCCAUGCUGUUAAUACAUCUGCACAUUAUCUGUUUACCAAAUGAAAAGGUAUCUAAUUGGAUACAUGCUUAUACUUAAAUAGCUUUUUUACAAGCAGGCUGUUAGGGGUGAGUUUUUAAACAAGUCUUUGAAUUGUGAGGUCAUUUUUUAAACCACUGCAGAGGACUCAGCGCAAGCCACGUUCUACAAACUCUGCCACGAAAGCCCACGAGCCGCCGUUUCCAUGUCACGGCUGAGACCCUUACCUGUGUGGUGAGAGUCAGUGGGCUCUGUACUCAACUAGAUUCAAGCAUAACUUCUUACGGGGAGUUAGCAGUUGGUCUGUGCAGAAGCCUGCCGUUUGGGCAGGCUUGGCGUGUUUCCUGUGACUGCGGUAUGGAAGCUGCGUCUGGGCAGCACCGCCACGGUUCCCAGCGCAGUUCUCCUGGUUUGGCUUCACUUGGACUGAUCCCACUCUCAACGGUGUUCAGGCAGAUAGCAGUGUGUGGCCUGUCCCGUCCAUUUUCAGCCACCGUGGUUUCCUUCCUUACAUGUUAGCACAGACUUGUCCACAGGUGGCUUGAGAGGGAAGGCUCUUUCAGACUUGCUCUGUGGGCUGGCUGACGGUGCCACCGUGGGUGCCGCACUGGCUGGGUCCUUGCCCUGCGGUUGAUCGGUCCCCAGAAGUGCCACAUGGAAGGAGACUGGAGGGAGUGGCUGCUGGCUCAGCAUUCUCAUCCCACUGGAGCACAGGGGCUGAUGUGGAGAAGCGCUGCGCUCCAGGGCCGAGGCCACCCAGGAAGGAAGGGAGAUGGUGGCAGCGUUAGCCAGGUGCGCUGCAGAAGGCCGUCUAGUGUUCCCCCGACUGCCCUUCACUGCUGCCUGACGGUGAGUGGUCAGGAGCUAUCGGUUUGGGUGCAGGGUACAGGUUUUAUUUACCAAGAAGUGUUCCAUUUUGGCAUUUAUCAACUUCGCUAGUAAAAGCUGUUUUUUAAAAGGGGGUGGGGUGGCAGUACUUGAAAGUGGUAGACGUUAUAAGCCCAGUAAGUCUAGUGCCAGCUGCCACCUAAUGGAUGCGUGGGUGUGGGUGGACCUACACUUUCAAAUUCCCUUCUGUUUUGCUGCCCCAAUCUAAAUACUUUUGCUAAUAGAUAAUUGCUCUUUAGUUACUGAGAGAUAAAACUUUACCUAUAAAAAUGUAUUUUGAAAACUUAUUUUACACAGCAAUUUUGUAUCCACUGAAACUAACCUUUCACCAAUAAAGCACUAUUGUUUAGA